AUGGAUCGGGUGAUAAAUUCACCUACAUCUUGGCCUCAAUCAUCAUCGAAUAUGAUCUAUCAUCCACAAUGUUUAAGUUAUGAAGGACAAGGUCGUAUUAAUCAAUUGGGUGGAGUAUUUAUUAAUGGACGUCCAUUACCUAAUCAUCUUCGGAUGAAAAUUAUCGAUAUGGCUGCACAAGGUAUACGACCUUGUGUUAUUAGUCGACAGUUACGUAUUUCACAUGGAUGUGUAUCAAAAAUCUUAUCACGUUAUGCUGAAACAGGUUCAAUCAAACCCGGUUCAAUUGGUGGUUCAAAACCGAGAAUUUUACCCGUUAAUAUCGAACAAAAAAUUGAUGAAUAUAAAAAUACAUAUCCACAUGGUCCUAUGUUAGUAUGGGAAAUACGUGAAAGAUUAGUUCGUGAUGGUGUUUGUAAACCAACAUCAUUACCAAGUUUAAGUACAUUAACACGAAUGUUACGUGAUAAUAACGAUGAAGAAUCGACGGAUGAAAAAAAUAAUACGGAAAAAAUAACAAAAAAUCGUCGUUAUCGUACGAGUUUUAGUCAAGAUCAAAUUGAACAAUUAGAACAAGUUUUUCAACGAACACACUAUCCUGAUGUUCAAGCUAGAGAAGAAUUAUCAAGACGUACAGGAUUAACUGAAGCACGUGUUCAGGUAUGGUUUUCAAAUCGUCGAGCACGUUGGAGAAAAAUUGCUUCUGUUCAUCAACAACAACAAUUACCAGCUAGUGCUAGUCCACUUAUAUUUCCUAAUGGACCUACAGCAACAAGUAGUUCGACUAUGCCAGGAACAUCAACAUCAUCUUCUCGUCUUCAUUUUACUCCAUUUUGUUUACCUACACUUGAAACACCAUCAGCAUCAGGUACUGAAUCAAUAUUUCAACCAUCAAAUGAAUGUAGUAGUAAUGGUAAUACAAAUAAUCCUGCAAAUUUAUUUACUAAUCAACAAUCACCAUUCUAUGCUCGAUAUACAAAUGAUUACGAACAAAUAUAUCGAUCAACAGCAACAUUUCCAUAUCCACCUUCUAAUGUAUCUGCACCAGUCUUUCCACCAUCAACAUCAAAUCCAUCAUCAUCAUUUUAUACACCAAAUAUGUUUGAUGUUCACAAUGUGUAUUUGUAA